AUGGAUAGUGUACUUCAAAAUACAUACAUUGGAGAAAAUGAAGAUAAGGGUGAAAUUCAAGAGUUAUUGUUUAGGGACGAUAAUUUUUUAACGUUGGUCAAAGAAAUGUGGCGUUAUUAUUUACCUAUGGAAAAUCUCGACCUCGAUGAGAUACAGAGUAAGAUUGUAAAUGGAGGGUGUAUAAUAACAUUUCCACAAUGUUAUUUUUAUUUUGAAAAUAUGUAUCUCAUUGCGGGUAGUUCGACAAGACGUCUGGUAAUCGGUUGCAUAUGUUUCUCGUUGGGAUUUUGUGGACUGAUCGAGGUUGAUUUUUAUAUGCAACCGUGUAAAUCAAUGUAUAUAGCAACAGAUCGCGUAUGGAGUCCACCCUUUUGGUUGGUUACAACCAGUAUUGAUUUGAUAUGUCAUGACGAGGAAUACGUGGGGAGUUUACAUACAUUUCUAUAUCAAAAAACAAAACUUUUUAUGGCCGCUAUCGAUCAAUGCGAACAGUGUAGUGACGAUGUUUUACGCGAAGUAUGCAAUACAGUAUUGCACAUGUUCCCAUCUUAUCGAUUGGCGCGUAUUAUUAAGUAUCUUAUAAAACUACAAUAUACGGUUAAAGAUUUUAUGACGUCGUCGUGUAAAUGUAUCACGUGGAGUACAGAACGACGUAAUCUGCAGUAUGUACCCCCAAGAUGUCGUUGUGAGACAAUGUGUGCUUCGUCGUGUGCUACACAGUUUAAAGAUUUGGGAUACGUUUGUGAUUAA